UUUGAUCCACACAUUAGUGCAGUCCCUCAUAAUAACAUAUCUGUAAAAUGCCCUAGCAACAAGAUUCAGUGCAAAAGGCAUCUUGAUCUCCUGUUAUGUGUUGGUGUGGGGAGAAUGCUCCAGCGUUGAGGAGCUAUACGCAGGUGAUUACACUUCGUAUUGUCGUGUCAAUUAUGCUACUUAGGAUUGUUUUUACAGCACAACUCUAGCAGCCCGCGGUCAGGCUACCAGCCUCUACUCACAUACACCACGAACCCCACAAGGGCUCACAGGGCGAUGGAGCCUCCAUCCACCUCGACCGUGUGUGUCUACAUUCGGCGGUAUGUUUGGAACGAGGCUCAUCGAUAUGCCUGGCCUUCAUUCCCACAAAACACACUCCUGCACACCUACACAAAGGGGGUACAUGAAGAUACGAAUAAACAUUUGGUUCCUUAUCCGGGGACUAGCUCGUUGGCUGCCAUUGGACUGCUGCGUCACGUGGUAAAAGUAACUUUACAGGGUAGCUCGCUAGUAGGAGGGCUUUAUGGAGCAGAAAAACGACAAAGGUAGAAAAAUUAUUUUCCACUCCAGAAAUUAAUGAUCAUGAGCUCGUAUUUGAUGGACUCUAACUACAUCGAUCCGAAAUUUCCUCCUUGCGAGGAAUAUUCACAAAAUAGCUACAUCCCCGAACACAGCCCCGAGUAUUACAGCCGCACGAGGGACACCGGCUACCAGCAUCACCACCAGGACUUGUAUCCUCCGCGCGUGACCUAUCCGGAGCGCCAGUAUAACUGUGCAAGCAUACCCGAGCCCGAGCCCCAGCGAGGCCAUGGACUCACGCAUUCAGGGAGCCUGCUGGCGGCGGCGAAGGCGCAGACGGCUCCACGUGAGCCCCCGCCACCUUUACCCACGUCCCCCACAACCCCACCGACAGCACCGUCCGCUUGCAUCCAAGCAGCCCCGGAGCUUCCCACCAGCACAGCGGCGACCAAGCAGCCCGUGGUCUACCCUUGGAUGAAGAAAAUCCACGUCAGUACCGUGAAUGCCAAUUACAAUGGAGGGGAGCCCAAGCGGUCCAGGACUGCUUACACACGCCAGCAGGUGUUAGAAUUGGAGAAGGAGUUCCACUAUAAUCGCUAUCUAACACGGCGACGACGCAUCGAAAUUGCCCACUCGUUGGUGCUCUCGGAGCGGCAGAUAAAAAUUUGGUUUCAGAACCGCAGGAUGAAGUGGAAAAAAGACCAUAGGCUACCCAACACCAAAGUCAGAUCUUCCUCCUCUGCUUCGUCGUCGGGUGCUACUUCGGGCGCGACCGGCGGGGCCAGCACAGCCACCACAGCCGGCAGUGUGACAAACAGCGCGGGCAACAGCACCGUAGCAGUGCCCGAGCAGCUCCCUCGUGUUCCAGGGGUCGAUCGAGAUCAGGAUAUAACAAGGUUAUAGACACACAAGAAAAAUAUUUCACAUUUGCGGAAGAGAGAACAAUGGAAUAUUUAUGGAAAUCUAUUCUUUUUAUAUGUAUAUUAAGAUGUUCCUUCGUAGUGUUCUUGUGCGUAAAAACUGGGUUUCCUCUAAGUCCAUAGUUAUAUAAAUAUGCAUGUUAUAUAGCAUGGAUUACUACUGCGAAUACCUAGUGUUUUUUCGGCUAUCAGGGUUUAU